AUGUCGCGGCUGCUGCUGCUGCUUCUGCUGGCCCAAGUGACGCGGACCACUCAGUUCAGGCCCGCCGCGCUGGUCAAGAAGGAGCGGUACGUGCCGCCCAUUCAGCAUCAGAGCGCCUGCAACUUGUGUGUGGACUACAAGCGGGUCCACGUCUCGCCCUUCCAGUCAGGCACGGUGGUGCAGACGGCCGCGAGCUGGCUGAACUUCACCUCCCGGCUCCGCACCAUAUUGGGGCUGGGGGCGGUGCUCUCCUUUGGCACCUACCUCCACUUCCGCCCGCCGAGUCGAAGCUCUGGGCAAGGGAGGCUGGGAAGCCCUUUGGACCUCGAGGGGUCUCUGGAGAUCUGCGGCACAGGCUGGUACCAAUGGCGGAUUGUGCUGGGGAUCUGGUUGGCCUGGGCCGUGGACGGCGCGGAGGACGUGCUACUGAAGGGCAUGGCCUCCGAGCUGGUGCAGAACCUGCACACAGACGAGAUCAACAUCGUGGACCUUUGCCUCUUCUCCCACAUCGCCAUGGCCUGCGCCGCUUUUCUCAGCGGGUCCUUGGCCGACAGCUUCGGGCGGCGGCACAUCCACUGCGCCUCCAGUAUAGUGACCCUGAUCUUCUCGAGCCUGUCGGUGCUGGCUCCAGACUUCUGGUUCUUCGGCCUGUGCCGCAUCUGCGCGGGCCUGGGCUUGGGCGCGCUGGUGGGCACGGACAUCGCGGUGCUGUUGGAGUUUCUGCCGGUCUCAAAGCGGGACAGCUACAUCUCGCUUCUCUUCGCAGGCUAUGCGGCAGGUAAAGCCUACGGGGACCUUUGCAUGCAUGUGCCGCUCUUCCUCAACUCCUGGCGGCUUCCCUUCUUGCUCUGCUCGCUGCCCUUGGUGCCCUCCAUCUUUUUGCGGCUGCAAACCCACGAGACGCCCUACGCCCUCGUGGCCCAAGGCUCCAUCGGCCAGGCCAAGGAGGUCUUGGGCCAGGUGGCCAAGGCUAAUCAGAUCUCCAGGAGUAUCCCGUGGAUCCCUGGUGGGUCCAAGGUGAAGCAGUACCAGGGUAUGGACUUCCGGGACUGCCUCAGCUCUGGGAUCUGGGCCACCAUGCAGGAGAACCACUUGGAGAAAGUGAUCGGCCUGGCGUGCCUCAUUAUGCUCAUGGACUUCGGGUCACUGCUGAUGCCUCUGGUGCCGGAGAUUGCGUCUCACUUGGACGUCGAAGAGUCCUUCUCCUACUGCGUCUUGGGUGGUUUGGUGUCCACGGUGAUCAGCUGCUGCCUGGGCUUCGUGUUCCUGCGGCGGGUGCCCGCCUGGGACGUGCUGAUCCCCGGGUGCUUCCUCUGCGCAGGAGCGCUGAUGGGCAUGUCCUAUCUUUGGCAGUCUCAGCCGGUGGAGCCCAAGAUCUUCGCGCUGCUGAUGAGCCUCUGGGGCUUCGGCCUCGGCAGCACCUUUGGGCCCUUCUACGCCAUCGCCGUCCGCAUCGCGCCGGCCAACGCCCGCGCCAGCUCGCUGGGCGUGGUGGUGGCGGUGAGUCGAUCUGCGGUGGCCUUUCAACCGUUCCUGGCGGCGGACCUGCUGUCGCUGCUGGGCACUUCGCUGAGCGCGGCGCUGGUGAGCUCGUUGUGGCUUGGAGCCGCCUGCCUGGCCACGUUCUUGCGGGUGGUGAUGGAGGUGCCUCAGGCGGCCUUGAAAGCGCGCCUAGACGACUUCUUCAAGGCCUGGAAGCAGGAUGUCCCCUCCGCACGGCCAGUGACCUUCUACACCGAUGAGAAGGCGCUGCACCGGGUGGAGGCGCUACUGCCCACGGCUAGCCUGGAUCUGGAGGCGCCCAGCGAGCACCAGCUAGAAGCCGGCCUGCUGGAGCGACUCGCAGAGCCGGAAAGCCAGGGAGAUCGCCAUUUCAGAUACCUGCUGGAGCAGCCUUCAGAGUAUGGCCUGCCUGGGGCCCUGGCGCCCAUGGUGUUGAAGGCCUUCUACCAGCAGCUCUGGCGGAGGUCCCCGAAGCUUCGGCUGCGGGUGCUUCGCGGCGAGAGCGAUCCCCAGGCGUUCCUGGACGUGUCCUGCCGUGGGUGUGUUGGGACGCCGGCACUGAAACCCAGCAAAGGCCCCGCGCUGGUCUCCCAGCUCUCGGCGCCGGCUCCGCGGCGCGCGGAGCUGGCGCGGCUCUUCGCGCGGGCGUCUCGGUCCACCUCCCGGAAGGUGGGAGAGAAGCAGCUGCUCCAGCGCUCGGCCGCCCAGUCGGAGACGAGGUCGAAGCGCAUGCUUCACAUUUGGCCUUGGGGCUGGGCGGGUCUCUCCCGAGCCUUUUGGGUCUCGGGUCAGCUUUCCUGUACGGAGUGA